ACGAAGUACCAGGAGCGACACGGGCAGAUAAGGCACACGAGACGGAAAUCGAUCCAUUGACGAUUUCCUUGCAAGAAUUUCUUGCGUGGGAGCAAACCACUCUGAAAACCUGGGCGGAUUUCCGGAAGUUCUUGUAUGAUGGGCAAAACAACUUCUGGUCAGGCACCGAUGCCAGCAUGCGCAUGGGAUACCAAUAUCUGUCAUGCUCAACAACAUGAUGCCACCGUGUGAACGUAAGUACGUGUUUUUCUUGUUUUCCGGUGCUGAGUGUUGACGCAAAAAUGUCGCGAACGUAAGUAUGAUUUGGCUCGGUUUGCUGACCGAUAUCUUGAUUCAGUUCCAGGGGGUGGAUUUUUCGCACUUGUACGCGGUAAACAACGAAGCGCGAG